CACGCGUGAGGAGGUAGCAGGUUGGAAACAUUUGUUCUUGUUAAAUGUAACUAACAUAUUUUAAUGACCUUAUUAAUAUUUUAACAUUAUCACAAGUAAAAAAAGUUUUUUUUUUUUUGUAAUGUAUUUUUGUAGAAGAAGUUGGAUUGUUUAGAAAGUCCUCUCCUCUCAUUGGUCAGCAUGGACGCCUCGACGAGCUCCAGCCAAUCAGAGUGCAUCUCCAGUCAGCCCGUGCCCAACAGACCACGCCCACUGCAAUGUGCAGAGGACGAAGACUUGUCGGUGGCCCCUACCCCUUUGUGUGCCUCCACGCAUCCAUUUCCUGUUUCAUCCACAAGCACUCGCCAUCCUCAUCACCACCACCUCUCCUCCAAUACAAGCCCCACCUCCUUCAAGGUGGACGCCGCCCACAUCAAAGAAGUAGCAGGAGACGACUGCUGCGUUCACUGUCUGCUGGCGUGCUUGUUCUGCGAGCUUCUGUCCAUGUGCUCGGCCGUGGGGGCGUGUCUGCCGUGCGCAGGGGGUGUGGCCUGCUGCUGCGCCGCUGCCAACGACUGCUGCCGCUGCUGCUGCGUGGAGGCACCGUGCACCGACGAGGCGUGUCAGGCGUCGUGGGACUGCGGGAUGCUGGGGGAAUGCUGCAACUCGGCCGACUGCUUGGAGAUUUGUCUGGAAUGUUGCUCCAUCUGCUUCCCAUCUUAAGGAGGCAUCCUCGCGACGUCGGCCAUGUUUGCAGGACCUCUAUGUGUGUGAUUGACAGCACAGGAAGAGGCGGGUCCAGGACAAAAAGUGCGCGUCAGAGGAAGGCACCUCCAGACAGGAAGCAGGAAGUGAGUUGUUGCCGCCCCCUGCUGGCGAGUAAUUGAAGAAACGUGACACUAAAUCAAUUGUAAACACUUUAUUUCUAUAUAAAAGUUAUAUAUUUGUAUUGUGUGGGUAUAAACAACGUUGCGUGAUCGGACACAAACACGGAUCCCUUUGUGGAACGUGAGCUGUUGCUAUAGCAACAAGCCCAUCAUCACAGCGAUUAAAAAAAGAACCAACACUUUGUUGAGUGUUAGCGAGACGAUCAGCAGCUAGCAUCUUCGGUGACGUUAUAAUGCCACGGCUAAGUGCUAACCAGUGUUAGCUGACGUCCACAAUGCAGUGGAAAAAACCAAGUCACUGACGCCCUCUGCUGGUGAAGAUAAAAACUCAACGUCUCCCUUGACGUGCCAGCGAUGAACACUUUAAAAGUGACAAAAGCUCAGCAUACACACUUUUUACACCUGGAGUGUGAGGUCACGGAUGUGGGCGUGUCCAGAAGAAAAAUGAUUCCACCACUUUUUGAACCAGCACACAAAAAUAUGCACAAGAUAAAAAGCAAAACAAAAAAUGUUUGCGGUUGUCGUCUUUGAAUCCCGCGACCAAUUAGGGCGCAGCUUUUGGCUAAAGAGGGCGCCCAUUGGCUGCAUGAA